GAGAGAGAGAGAGAGAGAGAAAACCGAAUCUCCCAAACCCUAACGAUGGACGACAGAGAAAAAUCAUCCAAGAGAACCAGAGAUCGUCACUCCGAUCGCGACCACAAACGCCACCGUGAAUCCUCCGAUGAGCACCGCCACCAUCACCACCACCACCGAUCCGACAGGAAUUCCAAGCACGAUCGCAAAUCCAGGGAGAGGGAUGAAGAUGACCGAGAAGGAACCAGAGCUUAUGACAGAGACGAGAGAGAAGGCAGCAGAGGAAGGUCGAAGCCUCGCGAUGACGAGAGGGAGAGAGAGGAUUCGGCGGAGCCACGACACUCUUCGCAUUCGCACUCGCAUAAGCGGAAAGAGAGGGAGCAGAGCCAGGAAGAUAGGGAUGAUAAGAGGGUUAGGGUUUCCGAGGAGUCCAAGGAACUGAAAAGAGAAAGGAGAAGGUUUGGGGAUAAAGCCAUAAAGGAAGACGGACAAGAAGCGAAAAUUGAUAAAGCUGCCAUUGAAGAUAAGAAACAAGUUCUCGAUAAUGAGGUCAAGUUGAAGCACGAGGAGCUCACUGAUAACAAUAAUAAGCAGAUUGAUGGAAACGGGAACGCUUCUCUGAAUAAUGGUUCUGCCUUGGGAUCACCUGCUGUGGCACCGACGAGUGCUCCUGAGGCAUCUUGGGGCCCUACUUCUUUUCCUACUAAGGUAUCUUCAAAUUCUACCACAAAUGAAAAUAAGGGAGUUAGUAUUACCAGGUCUCAUGAGGUUACUGGAAAAUCUAGUACAGAUGGGUCAUCUUCAACUGCUGGGAAAAGUGGAAGCCUGUCUAUUGAUGCCUUAGCUAAGGCUAAGAAAGCUUUACAGAUGCAGAAAGAGUUGGCUGAGAAGCUGAAGAAGAUUCCUCAGUUGAACAAGAGUUCUCCACAGAACUCAUACGGAAGCACAAAACCUGAUGAAUCUGCCAUUCCCUCUGUUAGUGCCGGAGUGGCAUCAAAACCUUCUAUGUCAUCUCCAUCUGGACCUGCAGUAAAUGUACCGGUUCUUUCUUCGGGAGCUAGUGGCUCGACUGCCGCUGGUAUUCCAACUCCAACUCCAGCCAACUAUGAAGCUGUCAGGCGUGCUCAGGAGCUUGCUGCUAGAAUGGGAUUUAGGCAAGAUCCACAGUUUGCUCCUCUUAUAAACAUGUUUCCAGGUCAAGUGGUAGCAGAUAUUGCCGUUCCACAGAAACCCACCAAAGCCCCUGUUCUUCGUCUUGAUGCUCAGGGAAGGGAAAUUGAUGAACAUGGAAAUGUUGUUAAUGUAACUAAGCCAAGUAACCUUAGCACAUUAAAGGUCAACAUUAACAAACAGAAGAAAGAUUCAUUUGAAAUACUAAAGCCUGUUUUAGAUGUCGAUCCUGAUAGUAAUCCCCAUUUUGAUCCAAGUAUGGGUAUAAAUAAAAACAAGUUCUUGAGGGUCAAGAGACAAUUUCAGUUUGUGGAGGAAGGAAAAUGGUCAAAAGAUGCUGAAAUAAUAAAAUUAAAGAGCAAAUUUGGGGAAGCUCAAGCAAAAGAGCAGAAGGCCAAGCUAGCACAAUUGGCAAAGGCAAAGGCUGCUCCUGAUAUAAACCCGAACUUAAUAGAAAUAACAGAGAGGGUUGUAAUUAAAGAGAAACCCAGGGAACAAAUUCCAGAAAUUGAGUGGUGGGAUGUACCUCUUCUGCAAUCUGGAAAUUAUGGUGACAGUGCUGAUGGAACCAUAGGAGAAGACAAACUGAAAAUGGAGAAAAUCACUUUUUAUGUGGAGCAUCCUCGUCCUAUUGAACCACCUGCUGAGCCUGCACCUCCACCACCUCAACCCCUCAAACUAACCAAGAAGGAACAGAAGAAACUCAGGACACAGCGGCGAUUGGCCAAGGAGAAAGAGAGGCAGGAGAUGAUAAGACAAGGUGUAAUAGAACCUCCAAAAUCAAAGGUCAAGAUUAGCAAUUUGAUGAAAGUACUUGGCUCUGAAGCAACACAAGAUCCUACUCGGCUUGAAAAGGAAAUACGAAGUGCAGCUGCUGAACGUGAGCAGGCUCAUAUAGAUAGGAAUAUUGCACGCAAGCUUACUCCUGCUGAGCUGCGGGAGAAGAAGGAGAAGAAGCUGUUUGAUGACCCUAAUACAGUGGAAACACUGGUCUCACUUUACAAGAUUAAUGACCUAUCACAUCCAAAGGCCCGCUUUAGAGUUGAUGUCAAUGCUCAGGAGAAUCGUUUGAGUGGAUGUGCUGUGAUUAGCGAUGGUAUUACGGUAGUUGUGGUUGAAGGUGGAUGCAAGUCGAUCAAGAGGUAUGGGAAACUUAUGCUGAGGCGUAUAAAUUGGAGCGAAUUUUCAAAAGAGACCGAGGAAAAUGAAGAUUCGGAUGACGAUAAACCAGUGAAUAAGUGUUCUCUAGUAUGGCAAGGAAGUGUCGCCAAACCGAGCUUCAACAGGUUCACUGUCCAUGACUGCAUCACCGAAGCAGCUGCUCGCAAAGUUUUUGUGGAUGCUGGUGUUCCCCAUUAUUGGGACCUAGCUGUCAACUAUGUAGAAGAUGAAGCUGUUUGAAUUGUGUCUGGUGUUUUUGUUUUCAUUUUUAUUUCAAUAUGAUUAACCUGCCUUCAUUACUUUGACUGAAGUCUCUUGUUGAGUGAUCAGUUUCACAAUAUGCAGUACAGUGUUUCAGACAAAUAAGAACUAUGGUGACUGCUAGUGCUCACUUAUUUCCAUUGGCCAGUGCCAUCAACAGUGAUUUGAUGAUGAUUGUGUGGGAUGGAACAUUAUAUUUCGAAUUUUGUGGCCUUGGGAGUACAAUGAGAUGGAGAUGUUUCUUGCUGUGCUAAAUAUUUUGUUGAUA